UAUCACACCGCAAAAUAUGUUUUUAUCCUAAUCGGUGGUUUUGCAAACGAUUCGAUGGCGUCCCGAAGUCUGACUGAUGUUUUUUUACUGAUGCGGAAUAAUGCGGUCCGCAGCCGCCACAUAUACCCCGACCAGGACAAUUCGGAGCGGAUGCACCUGGUGUCCCUCAACGACAUGGAGGAGGGCCUGGGGGACCGCAACGACAACAGGAUGCCCCCCAUGUGGAUCGACUAUUUGGAGAAGGCACAAAUGAUUUUGCCCAAACUCAAAGCUAAGAUUAACGAACUGAAAAUGCUGCAUUCGCGCCUCCUGAACAGGCCUACUUUCGACGAAAGCCCCACCGACGAAAUCGCCAUAGAGAAUUGCACGCAAGAAAUAACGCGGAUGUUCAACGAAACGCACAGAUUAGUGCAGAUUAUUAAAAGCCACUCUUCCGAAGGGCCAAUGAAAGAACAAAGAUUGACGAUCAAUGUUUAUCACUCGCUGGCAAGUGCGCUCCAGGAAUUGUCCACAAUGUUUAGGUCAACACAGAAUAAUUAUUUGAGGCAAAUUCAGUCGCGGGAAGACCGCGCAAAAAUCUACUUUGAUAACCAACUCGAAGACGAGGAUUUGUACAACAGGGAGGCGGAUGACAUUGAUACCUACUUCGUUAAUUCCAAGCAGAUGAGCCAGCAACAACUGCUGUUGCUGGAGGAGGAAAACACGCGGUUCGCGCAAGAGCGGGAGCAAGAAGUGAACGCAAUUGUUAAGUCCAUUGUUGACUUGAACGAAAUUUUCAAAGAUCUCAGUCAGAUGGUCGCCGACCAGGGGACAGUUCUGGACAGAAUUGACUACAACGUGGAACAGACGCAGAUCCAGGUCUACGAAGGCUUCAAACAGCUGCAAAAGGCAGACGCUUAUCAGCGGAAAAACCGCAAGAUGUGCGCGAUCCUUGUAUUGGCUGUAACCACAAUUAUUUUAUUUUUUACCUUGAUUAUCGUGAAAUCCUAGUCGUGAUAACGUAUUUUUAUUCGCUAAGCCAAAUAUUUAUUUAUGUAAAUAAAUUAUUGAAACUUGA